AUGUGUGUUAGAACAGGACAUCCUAACGCUGUCCAGGCAAUAGCAAGAAAGCCGGGGGCGCGCCGGCCUUGGCGUGCCUGCCAGCACUUGAUUAUCGAUGAGAUCUCCCUGGUGGACGGCCAGUUCUUCGACAGACUGGAGGCAGUGGCAAGGGCAGUCAGAAAACGGGAUGAGCCUUUUGGAGGAAUUCAGCUAAUCAUCUGUGGCGACUUCUUGCAGCUACCCCCAGUCUGCAAGGCUAAUGAAGAAACCAAGUUCUGCUUCCAGGCAAAAAGCUGGAGGAAAUGCAUCCACAUAAACAUGGAGCUGACGGAAGUGCGGAGACAGACCGACAAGACCUUUGUCUCGCUCCUGAGUGCAGUCCGUUUAGGCAGGUGCACAGAGGAGGUUACCAGGCUGCUGAUGCAGACUGCUGCUAACAGGUCUGAGCGUGAUGGGAUCCUGGCUACACGGCUCUGCACCCAUAAAGAUGAUGUAGAAGUAACUAAUGAGAGACGCUUGCAACAGCUAUCAGGAGAAGUGCAUGCUUUUGAGGCUUUGGACAGUGACCCAAUGCUAGUGAAGUUAAUUGAUGCUCAGUGUCCUGUGGGUGGUAGAGUUGAGCUGAAGCUUGGAGCUCAGGUGAUGCUAGCUAAGAAUCUGGAUGUGUCUCAAGGGCUGGUGAAUGGGGCACGAGGAGUUGUUGUAGGAUUUGAAAGUGAACAGAAAGGGCUGCCUAAGGUGAGGUUUCUUUGCGGGAUCACACAGGUCAUCAAAAUGGAGAAAUGGGUCUUCAAAGGAGCAUCAGGAGUUCACCUGAGUCGUCAGCAGUUGCCUUUAAAAUUGGCAUGGGCCAUUUCCAUUCACAAAAGUCAGGGCAUGUCUUUAGAUUGUGUGGAAAUCUCCCUGUCUCGUGUCUUUGAAUGUGGACAGGCUUAUGUAGCCCUAUCACGAGCCCGUAGCCUUGCAGGCCUCCGUGUUCUGGAUUUUGAUCCGAAAGUAGUGAGAGCUGAUCCUUCCGUGUUGCAGUUCUAUAGACAGCUGAGACGUCAUCAGCUUCUAACCCAGGAUUCACUACAUACCCAUUCAGGUGCUGAUGAGAAGGAGAACUGGAAAUGCAGCUGAGAAGGCUCUUCUGGCCUGUGAGGCAUCAGCAGACUGCUGAGUUGCAGUGAUCUUGCUCUUGAGUAUAUUUGAUAACACAGAUGAAGUCAAAGGAACUUUUUAGGUGUUUGCUUCAUUCAGCUGACUCUGGAUGUGUAAAAGUAUCCCUGUCUUGUGCCUCUGAAAUUUGGAAGGCUUCUGUAGCCCUGUUGUGGGCCCACAGCCUUGAGUACUUCUGUGUCACAGGUGCAACUCCAGAAAACAAAAUAAUUGAACAAGGACAUGCCUGAGGGACUUUCCUAUGGUUUUGUCCUGUCUGCCUGGUUGUAUUUUAUUCUCUGCACAUGUAGAAUGAAACUUGUGUGCCUUUCUUCAAGCAUACCAUGGUUGAAAGAUGGAAGGUG